AUGUGGGAAUUCUACAACGAUAAAGUUAUAUUUCUUACCGGAGGAACUGGAUUUGUAGGCACUACAAUCCUUUACAGACUCUUUACUCAGGCGGCCCCCCGUCGUGUUUUCGUGCUUACCCGAGGUGGUCACAAGAAUGCCGAUGAAAUGUGGCGGAAGCUGCUAUCUGAAUCGGUUUCCCAAUAUUUCAUUCAAAAUCCUCGCAUCAGAAUUGUUAGCGGCAAUUUGAAAGCAGCCAAUUUGGGCUUGUCUGACGAAGACUGGGAAUGUCUUAAGGAGUCAGUGAAUAUUGUUAUCCACACUGCUUCUGCAAUUAGCUUAGGGGGAGCACAUCUAGGGAAGAUUUCGCAGCUAGUGGUCUCCCCAACAAUGUUCUUGGCAGAUAUUGCCCUGCAAAUGCCAUAUCUUCAACACUUUGUAUUCGUCUCAACAGCCUAUGCAAACACUCACCUUUGGACUCUGUCCAAAAAAGACGAAGUGACAAUUGAAGAAUCUUUUUACAGUCUCGAUACUGGGAACUUGGUCUCUGAGCCCCGAAGUGACUCAUGGGAGCACAUCAGCCAAGGAGCGACCGAUGAAUGGGCCGAAGUACAGCGUAAAGGCACUAGCAAAGUUUGGGAGACCUUUGACUUUCCUUGGUCAUAUUCGUACGCCAAAAAUCUGACAGAGAGACUUCUCCUGCAGCGAUUUGGGGAGAAUGGCGCCGUGCAGAAACUUCUGAUCGUCAAGCCCUCCAUUAUAUCUCCUGCUAAAAGCUACCCGUAUCAAGGAUAUGCGAGGGCUUCUUCCACACCUGCAGCGGGAUUUCAGGCGGCCGUCAACAUUUCAUUUGGACGUCAUUUUCGCUUCUCAUCAAAAGCCUCUAGCCCUUAUGAAUCGACUUUGGACGAAGUUCCAGUUGAUGUUGUUGUCGACCGACUCCUUGUGCACUUAGCCUACGGGACACAUGGAAUAGUUCACGCAGUCAGUGGCAAGAGAGAUCGCCUAUCGGUUUUCAACGAUAUUAUGCCAUCCAUUGGCAAAGAACGUCGCAUUCCGUGGAGGAUCAAGCCCGAGUGCUCAUCUUUGGACUGGCAUUCAAAAGACGUACACCCUGUAAACAGGAUUUUCAAACUAGUUGGAACUUCGUUUGAUUUCAAAGAGGGGAAAACGGAGAAACUAAAUGCUGCUCUUAGUGUCCAAGAAAGAUCAGGUUUGAUACUCUUCACAGACGGAUAUGUCCCUGCUAUAGAGCAAAGAAGGGGGAUAGUACGUGAGAUGGGACUCGUGAUUGGUCGGAAACAGCAUAUUCCAUCCUUUCUUGUCAAGCUACUCUUUCCUUCAAGUACCACAAGACCAGAGAUCCCGCUGCCACGGGAACAUCGAGAGGAGGAUUGA